UGUUCUGCGGGUUGCAGCAUAUCAGGCUCCUGCUUCGCUAUCACAAAAGCUUUAUCCGUGUUUACUGAUUGUGAAACAUCGAAGGAGACCUAUUAGCUGAGAAAUGGUACAUGUUACAUGGAACACAAUAGAAAUUUCGUGUCGGACUAAUAGCCGAACAAUGGAAGAGUUGAAUAGCAACGAAAUGAGAAUUUGUAUACAUGUGAUUGCUGUCACGAGGUAUGUACAUACACACUCGGCAGCAGUUGACGGAAUACCGUUGAUUGGCUCCUUAGUGUGAUCAAAGUGAUAACAAGAUGUGCUGUAACAUGGUAAAGAUUUGAUAGUAAUACCGAAUGCUCGAUGGAGGUCUGUGGCAGUAAAACCGACUGCAGUGACGUAUUCGAAGAGACGACGUCCGUUGUCUUCUCAUCGCCGUCGUCGUGUGGUUCUUACAAGCGAACGAUGUCGUCCGAUAAGCAAAAUACAACUUCGACGUAUUGUAGAAUAUGUCACGAAGGAGAUGACAGCUUAGAGGAGUUGGUGGAUCCUUGCAAGUGUAGCGGUUCUGUCGGACUGGUUCACGCUAGCUGUUUAGAGAAAUGGUUGUCAACGUCUAACACCGAUCGUUGUGAAAUCUGUAAAUACGUAUUCACAAUUGAAAAAAAGAAGAAACCAAUUUCCGAGUCAGCCUGCCAAUGGUGGCGAAGCAAAAGUAUCAAUGGGCCGCGAGGGAUCGGCGGAGAUGCAGUUUGUUUUGCUGUACUGACACCCUUGUGUUUUAUCGCCACAUAUUUAUGCGCGAUCGGUGCAUCCGCAUAUUCUCGUCUUGGAUACUGGGAAGGAACUGGUUUAGCGAUUUUGUGCUCGUUACUCGUCAUGACUUACUGCCUUUGGCUGGCCAUCACUAUCAGGUACCAUUACAAAAUAUGGCGACGUUGGCGAAGGCAGAAUCAAGACGUGGUACUUUUGGUGAAGCAUAAAAUCAAUUCGCCGGACCGCAACAAUAUCGCGCAAUCCGCUCUUGGGCAGAAAUCACCACGUCACAGACAGGAUAGAAAUAACGAUAGAGGGAUGCCGGAAAGACCGAUGCCUAGAUUCAUUUUCAACGUUCCAUUCAAUCACAAUGAUGAUCCUAUGUUUACCCUGCAUCAACAAACGAGCUUAGUUUGAUAAUAUAAUUUGAAUGCUGGUUUGCAGAUUAUAUACACGGAGAAAAUAUCGUUGAAGAAGUAAGAAAGACUGCCCGGUCUGAAAUCGAAAAAAGUAGAAGAGACAUUUUUUCCAAAGAUUUGAUAAUGAAAAAAAACAAACAAAAAAAAAAAAUUCAGUAAUAAUCGAGUGCAGGCUCGAUCAGCAUGCUCUAGUCUUCCUUAACAGCCCGUGAAAUCAGACAUCGUACCCGCAUGAUAAAGCCUAUGGUAUGUAUUGUUAUUACCAGAGUCAAAUUGAAAGUACGUAUGUAAUAUACAAUACCUAUAUAUUAUGUUAUGCUAAUUUUUUAUCGCGAGUUUCGUGAAAAAUUAGUACAAGACGAUUGAUGUUGUGAUAUAUAUAGUACCGGUGAAUGAACAAUAGACACUUGAGAAUGAUCCGUGAUGAUAAUGAAUAAAAAUAAAUGAAGGCACUACAAUUGAUAAUUCGAGCGACGAUGUACUGAUAACAUUUCUGAUCUAGCAGAUACCUCUAUAUCGUAAUAUCUAUGUUUUAGAAAUCUUUUACUGAUUAAUAACGAAGUAAAACUUAGAAACGGGGUGAAGCAUGCCAAGUUUGCACAAUUAAAUUGGUCAAAGUUUCAAACAAAGUAUUGUAUUUACCUGCAGGGUAUACCAUAGCAGCACAUUCGUUGUAUAAUAAGUAUAACCGACUUGGCAUUCCUUUCUUCGGUCUAAAAGUAACUUGAUGAAUCGAAUGAUCGUGCGAUGAAUUUCUUAUUGCUACACUGUUUCUUUUUUUCUACUGUUUAUGUUAGCUAACUUAUACCUUCUACAUAUAGUGCACCCCAAUCGAAGAUCGGUACUACCUACUAUGUAUAUUAUAGAAUGUAAAGAGAGUAGUGAAAGUUAUCGAAAAAAAUCUGUACAGAGAUAUUUUCUUCUCCGCGGUAAGAUCAAAACUAAAAAACUUUUACAACUAAUGAGUUAGAUAAAAGUUUCAACCAAUCUUAUCGAGGUUUCGGAUAAGUGUAGAGAAAAGACAAUAAAUUCUAUCGGAGUAUGCUGAAAACUUGUCGGAAAUGUUGGUGAAGUUUCAAUUUCGUUGAGAUUUCGUAAUCAAAAAUUUGAAGUCAAUCAGAAAAUGUGUCGCAAAAUUUCAGUGAACAUCACGCACUCGCUAAACUGGACUGUUUUUUUAAAAGCCUCUGAAUAUUUUUGACAAACUUGUAAAUGUGAUGAAGUUUUUAUUCUAAAAUUCAGAAGCCGCAGACUUUUGAAUAAAUUAUUCGUAAAAUGUAUUCACCAGCUCUGCAAUCGUGACUAUAUGCGCGCUAAUAGUUCCGACGAAAAAAAAUCGUGUAUAUUCAAAGACGGGAUGGUUAUAUGAUGGGUGAAUUAAUUUUACGGCAGAUAAUUGUCUCGUAUCAAGUUAAAACGUGCAUGCACAUUUACAUACGAUACGCAUAUUCUUUAUGUAUGAGCAAAGAGUAGCGGAAACGUCUUUACGGAUUCACCAAACUUAGUAUCACAGGCAAUAAAUUAUUUCAUAAUCUCGUUAGUCCCAGGAAAUAUGGGUCGAUAAUACACCAUUUGUAUAUACAUACUAUACGUACAGGUUAAAGAACACGAAUUCCGAUCAAAUCAUGAACUAACAAAACCGUGUAUACCGCGUAAGGAUAACAAACAAUUAUUAUUCAUUUUCUUGCAGCUGCAACAUCCAUUUGUUCAAAGGUACUUAACUACUUUCAUUUUUUACCAUAAACGAAAAAUUUAUAGGUGAAAA